GCGCCCCCCGCUCCGCCCCACGCCGCGCCGCGCCCGCCGCGCCGCUCCAGCAUGCACGGAGGAUGCUCGCGUCUUGCUCAGGCAGGAAGGGGCCGGAGGGCAGGUACCCGCUGCAUUACCUCGUCUGGCACAACCGCGCCCGUGACCUGGAGCGGGAGCUCAGCGCCAAGCAGGCCGACAUCGAGCAGCUGGACCCCCGAGGACGCACCCCGCUGCACCUGGCCACCACGCUGGGCCACCUCGAGUGCGCCAGGGUGCUGCUGAAGCAUGGCGCUGACGUGGGCAAGGAGAACCGCAGCGGCUGGACAGUCCUGCAGGAGGCCGUGAGCACCCGCGACCUGGAGCUGGUGCAGCUGGUCCUGCGCUACCGCGACUACCAGAGAGCCAUCAAGCGCCUGGCCGGGAUCCCCAUCCUGCUGGAGAAGCUGCGCAAGGCCCAGGACUUCUACGUGGAGAUGAAGUGGGAGUUCACCAGCUGGGUGCCGUUGGUGUCCAAGAUCUGCCCCAGUGACACCUACAAGGUGUGGAAGAGCGGCCAGAAUCUGCGGGUGGACACCACGCUGCUGGGCUUCGACCAUAUGACCUGGCAGCGGGGCAACCGCAGCUUCGUCUUCCGGGGACAAGACACCAGCGCGGUGGUUAUGGAGAUUGACCACGACCGGCGGGUGGUCUACUCGGAGACGUUGGCCCUGGCCGGCCACGACCAGGAGGUGCUGCUGGCUGCUGUGCAGCCCACCGAGGAGCAGGUGAUGGGGCGGCUGACGGCCCCCGUCGUCACCACCCAGCUCGACACCAAGAACAUCGCCUUUGAGAGGAACAAGUCCGGGAUCCUGGGCUGGAGGAGCGAGAAGACGGAAAUGGUGAAUGGGUACGAGGCCAAGGUCUACGGCGCAUCCAACGUGGAGCUGAUCACGCGGACGCGGACCGAGCACCUCUCGGACCAGCACAAGGGCAAGAGCAAAGGCAGUAAGACCCCCCUGCAAUCCUUCCUGGGCAUCGCCGAGCAGCACGUGGGGCCCAACAACGGGACGCUGAUCACGCAGACGCUGAGCCAUGCCAACCCCACGGCCAUCACCCCUGAGGAGUACUUCAACCCCAACUUCGAACUGGGCAACCGAGACAUGGGGCGGCCCAUGGAGCUCACCACCAAGACACAGAAGUUCAAGGCGAAGCUGUGGCUGUGCGAGGACCACCCGCUGUCCCUCUGCGAGCAGGUUGCCCCCAUCAUUGACCUCAUGGCAAUAAGCAACGCGCUCUUCGCCAAGCUGCGGGACUUCAUCACCCUGCGCCUCCCGCCGGGCUUCCCCGUCAAGAUCGAAAUCCCCAUCUUCCACAUCCUCAACGCCCGCAUCACCUUUGGGAACCUCAACGGGUGCGACGAGCCCGUCAGCUCCCUGCGGCACAGCCCCAGCAGCGAGGCACCCUCGCCCAGCAGCGACUCCUCCAGCGUCAGCAGCUCCAGUUCCCUGACCUCGUGCCGGGCGUGCGAGAUGGACCCGGCGCUGUUCGAGGUGCCGCGGGGGUACAGCGUGGUGGGCACCCACCAGGACGCCCUGCGGGAGGAUGAGGAUGACCUGCUGCAGUUCGCCAUCCAGCAGAGCCUGCUGGAAGCGGGCAGCGAGUACGACCAGGUCACCAUUUGGGAAGCGCUAACCAACAGCAAACCGGGCACCCACCCCAUGUCGCACGAAAGCCGCCGAGGAGACAGGUUGGACUCCGCAGCACACGGCGGCCCCCCGUCCCCCAGUCACCCCAGCCCCGGGGGGGGGCGGCGGGGGGCCCAGCGCCCUGUUCCCCAGUUACGCGGAGCAGCUGCGGCUGGCCAUGGCACUGUCGGCGCGGGAGCAGGAGGAAGCGGAGCGCCGGACACGCCAGGAGGAAGAGGAGCUGCAGCGGAUCCUGCAGCUCUCGCUGACGGAGAAGUGACCCCGUGCCCCCGCUGAGCCCCCCCCCCCUUACCCCGAUGGGGCUGGGGAUGCGGCUGGUGCCGUGUACGGGGGGGGGGGGAGC